AUGUAUGGUUUGUAUAGUUUUGCGUUCGUCUUUUGUCCACAGAGCUACCGGGGACGCAAGCCCCUGGGCGGUACAGUCGUAGCACCAGUGGGACUCAGUCCGGGCCCCGCAGCACAGUCCCCGGGACCUGCUCCAGCCGCGCCAAGUCCCGCCCCAGCCACCACACCAGCUAUGAAGCAGGAGCAUCCGAGCCAGCCUAUGGCACCAAUGCCAUUCUACGCCGGUGACCCAAACAGGUUUCCCACAACAUGGCAAACGGAUCCCUCUCAAGGUUGGCAGAACCAGUUCAUCCAGCAAUUACCAACGCAAACAGGCCAAACUACACUGGACUACCAGGGCAACCAUACGCCCUACGCAACGUCGCCGCAUUAUCAGGCUAACACCACCUAUACCGUCCAGAAUGUUGCUACCACGUUCGACGUUUCGAGUAAUACAUACUACCAGACAGGAGUGCAAGCGUUGCCCACGCCUAGGCCGCCCUCAAAUCGCGGCGCCUACACUCCCGUCCCGUCACCAAGAGCUCCUCAUUAUACAUCUGAGUACCAACAGCAAUACGCCCAGCAAGCCCCGACAACAGGUGUUACGACGGGAAACGAAUCUAGGCCGGCGUCUGCUGCAUCUUAUCAAAGUGCAGUACCGACGACGGCCGCGCCCGUUUACACAGUCAGCCAACAAAACUACGAGCGGUCUGAAUAUUCGUCAGAGCACUCGGAAGAUUAUAACAAUGGUGGCGAUAACACAACAAACGACUCUAACAACGAGGGAGACAGACAAGAGCAAAGUUCCCAGAAUGGACAGCAUUCGGGAAACGCCGAGCCUGGAUACCUGCAGGGGAGCAACGGUCCGCGAGCUUCACUCGAUUGUAGCGGGUAUUCGGGCGGCUACACUAGCGGGCAGCAUAAUGAAAAUAGUCAGACACAAAAUCAAAAUGAUUGGCAACAACAACAACGCCAAUGGCACAACCAAAGGUUACAGAAUCAGCAACAAAUCAGCCAAAUCCAAAGCCAACAGCAACAACUACAAAAUCAAAUCAACUAUCAAAAUCAACAGAUACAAAACCAACAAAUGCAAAAUCAACAAUUACAAAAUCAACAGAUUCAAAAUCAGCAAAUUCAAAACCAGCAAAUGCAGAAUCAGCAAAUGCAAAAUCAGCAACUGCAAAAUCAGCAAAUGCAAAGUCAGCAAAUGCAGCAACAGAGGCAAGAAGAAGCUGAGCAGCAGAUGUUUUCGCAAUCAGACAGGGUUAAUUUAAACUCGAGACUGAAAACUAUGAUAUUAAAUAAGCAAAAUCAUACGCGAGACGGGACGAAUACGCCACCCGAUAAAGGGGACCCCGGAGAGGGGCCGCCUCGAGGAAUAGACGAUAGAAAGGGCUGCGUAUCUAUCGCGGAUGAUAGAAAUACUACCGGUCAUUUUUUAUCGUAUAGCCACCAUCUCCGAGGUAAUUACCACAUAGGCGACCAGGUUUAUCCUGUCGCUGGUAAUUAUUCACAAAACACCCACAGUUAUAGAACGGGUGAAUUCGGAGGUGGUGGCCACCACGUAUGGGAGGGGGGGGACGCAAGUCCCGAGAGAUUAUAA